GGCGGUGUUGCUCUGGGCUCCGGCCGACACUCUGGAGGAUGGUUUUUUUUAGCUCAGUAUACAACAGGAGAUUCUCCGGGGGUAAUAUAAGUAACAACCAAGAAUACUGUUUAACUAUUGACGGAUGUUCCAUAAAACCCUCGUCGUCAGCAAAGAAUCUUGGCGUUCUAUUAGAUAGUAAUCUGUCAUUUGAGAGCCACGUCGCCAACACCUGUAAAAUUGCGUUUUUCCAUCUUAAGAAUAUAUCUAAACUACGUCAUAUGCUGUCAAUGUCAGAUGCAGAGAAGUUAAUUCAUGCAUUCAUGACAUCAAGACUAGAUUACUGUAAUGCACUGUUAGGUGGUUGCCCUGCAGGCUUAUUACAAAAACUCCAAUUGGUCCAAAACGCGGCAGCUCGAGUUCUUACACGUACAAAAAAGUAUGAACAUAUUAGCCCGGUUCUGUCAACCUUGCACUGGUUACCUAUAAAGCAUCGCGUUAACUUUAAAAUCUUGCUUAUUACCUAUAAAGCCUUACAUGGUUUAGCUCCUCAGUACUUGAAUGAACUCCUUUUGUAUUACAGUCCUUCACGUGCAUUACGCUCUCAGGCGUCCUGUCAGUUGGUAAUACCUAGAAUUUCAAAAUCAAGUGCAGGUGGUAGAUCCUUUUCCUAUCUAGCGCCUAAACUUUGGAAUAGUCUUCCCUGCACUGUCCGGGAGGCAGACACACUCUGUCAGUUUAAAUCUAGACUAAAGACGCAUCUUUUUAAUCUUGCAUACACUACUCUUCCAUAAUAUAAAUCUUCAGAGGGUUUAGGCUGCAUUAGUUAGAUCAACCGGAACCAAAAACACAACUGAUGUACUUGUUGCAUCAAAGAGUACAGAACAGUACUCUACUCUCAGCCAGUCUUGUCUCAUUGUUCCAAGGUUACCACAGCGAGCAGGAUGCAGUUCAUGGCCUGACCUGAUGGUAGAGCGGAGAAUGGGAAGUGGGGACCUGACAAGAGCUGAGAUGAUAGAGCUGGAUAAAGAAGGACGCGGUCUCUUGACAUGUCUUCACCACAAAACUUCAAAUGCUAUUAGAUUAUUAAUGAUAAUCUUAAACUAUAAUUUAUUUUAUUAUUAAGUUUAUUUAUUUUAUUUAGCCUUGUUGUGCAAGUUCUCUGGAGCUUGUGCAGAGGCAGCAGCUUUUGCCAGAGGGGAACUGGAAUCCCCUGGUUGGGCCUGGGUUCUCCUGAGGUUUUUUUUCUCGAUUAGAGUUUUGGGUUCCUCGCCACCGUUUGCAUACUGUUUUUGCACUAUCUGCCUGACCGGGGGGGCUGCUUUAGAAUCUUAAAGUUUUACUUAAUUAAUAUUGCAUAUAGGAAUUUAUUAUCUGUUAUAUUUGACCUGUGCUUCUCUCUCCUUUAUCCUAAAUGUGUGCUCUCACUGAGCGUGUGUGUGUGUGCGUACUUGUCUGUGUACGUACGUGUGUGUGUGUGUGUGUGUGUGUGUGUGUGUGUGUGUGUCUCUGUGUCUGUGUGUGUUGGUGCGUGUGCGUGUUGUGUGUGUGGAGUGUUUUGUGUGUGGGUGUGUCUGUCUUCUGUGUUUUCAACCUUUUCUUGUUUUUGCAGGUACAACUUUGAUUGUUUUGCUUGUAGUCAAUGUGUCUCAUGUACAGCUGCUUUGUAACAAUGAAAAUUGUAAAAGCGCUAUAUAAAUAAAGUUGAGUUGAGAGUUGAGUAAUUGUUGCGCCGCCACUUGGGCCUCUCCGGACAGCAAGGGUAUCAGCCGUAUAGCCCACUGCUCCGUCGGAUAACCACUUGUCUUAGCCGUCCGCUCGUACAGCUCGAGAAAGGCUUCUGGAUCGUCCUGCGGGCCCAUUUUCUGUAGGAGCCCAUGGUUCGGCGCGGUCCGUUCGGCGUGAACCCCCGUCUGAAUCUCCCGGUGCAUCCAGCUCCGGAACAUCUCGCGGUCCUCCUGCUGGGCCUGCAUGAUGACUUGGAACCGUUCAUCCUGGUCCUGCCGCAGCUGUAAAAGGGCCUGGUGUUGUUCCCUAUGGAGGACCGCGAGUGAUGUAAUCACCUCCGCAAAUGGUGAGGUCGGCGGAUUCAUCCCACUGGCCGUGGCACGCCUGCUUCCUUCCAUCCCGGGUUUCGGCACCACUGUAACACGAUCGAUGCUUGUACAGGAAGGAAGAGGCUGGAAUCAGGUAACUGCAUGUGGUAUACCAUGGCCAAGGUGCUCUGCAGCCUCCUUCUCUUGGGAAGCGCAGUUAUGAUGACCACCGCCUGUCCUAAAUAUUGCGUCUGUCAAAACCUCUCUGAGUCCUUGGGCACACUAUGUCCAUCCAAAGGUCUGCUGUUUGUGCCCCCUGACAUUGACAGAAGAACUGUGGAAUUACGACUGGGAGGAAACUACAUUAUUAAAAUCACCCAGCAGGACUUUACCAAUAUGACUGGCCUUGUGGACCUCACACUGUCACGGAACACCAUCAGCUUCAUCCAGCCCUUCUCCUUUUUGGAUCUGGAAACCCUGCGUUCACUGCACCUGGACAGCAACCGGUUAACUGAGCUAGGACCAAAUGUCGUACGGGGCUUAGUGAACUUGCAACACCUCAUUCUCAACAACAACCAACUUACCCACAUCUCCAAAGAGGCUUUUAAUGACCUACUUCUCACCCUGGAGGACCUAGAUCUUUCCUACAACAACCUGUGGAAUGUGCCCUGGGAGGCCAUUCGUAAAAUGCUUAACCUACACCAGCUGAGUCUUGACCACAACCUCAUUAGCCACAUUGCUGAAGGCACUUUUACUGACCUUGAAAAGCUAGCAAGGCUGGACCUCACAUCGAACCGUCUCCAGAAACUUCCACCCGAUCCAAUCUUUGCUCGAUCACAGAGCAACACCAUUCUGAGUACACCUUUUGCCCCAGUCUUGUCUCUCAGCUUUGGUGGGAACCCACUUCACUGUAACUGUGAAAUUCUAUGGUUGCGUCGUCUAGAGCGGGAGGACGAUAUGGAAACAUGUGCCUCCCCUCCAAGCCUAAAAGGUCGAUACUUCUGGUAUGUGCAUGAGGAAGAGUUUAUUUGUGAGCCACCUUUAAUUACACAACACACUCAUAAGUUAUUGGUAUUGGAGGGGCAGACGGCCAGCUUACGUUGCAAGGCUGUGGGCGACCCCAUGCCACUCAUACACUGGAUUGCUCCAGAUGACCGACUAAUCAGUAACUCAUCCAGGGAUACAGUCUAUGAAAAUGGCACUUUAGACAUUAUGGUCACCACCGCUAAGGAUUAUGGGACAUUUACAUGUAUUGCGGCAAAUGCUGCAGGAGAAUCAACAGCUUCAGUUGAGCUCUCCAUCAUUCAGCUCCCACACCUUAGCAAUGGAACUAACCGCACAUCCCAGCCAAAGUCCAGGCUGUCUGACAUCACCAGCUCAGCUAAAAUCAGCAAAGGGGAGACCAAAGCCCAACCAGAGCAGGUAGUGUCAGUGUCAGAGGUCACUGCAGUCUCCGCUCUGAUCAUGUGGACAGUUAGCAGAGUGGCACCCAAAGUCAAAAUGUACCAGCUCCAGUACAACUGUUCAGAUGAUGAUGUCCUCGUUUACAGGAUGAUCCCAAUGACCAGCAUAUCCUUCUUGGUCAACAAUCUGAUGCCAGGGAUGCAGUAUGACCUGUGUGUGCUGGCUAUCUGGGAGGACACAGCCACCACAUUGACCGCAACCAAUAUAGUGGGCUGUGCACAGUUUGAGACACGUGAUGAGUAUCCCCACUGCCAGUCUCUGCACAGUCAGUUUUUGGGAGGUACCAUGAUUUUGGUGAUUGGUGGAGUUAUUGUGGCCACUCUCUUGGUUUUUAUCGUUAUACUUAUGGUUCGCUACAAAGUGACCAGUGGAUUGCAAGUUGCAAAGUUAGUGACAAUGAGCAACACCUACUCCCAGACCAAUGGUAGGACACAGGCAGCACAGCGUCUUAACAAUGGCGCUCCUACAUCACAAGCUCCAAAGACUGUUGUGGUGAUGCAGGAUGAAGUGGUGGAUUUUAAGUGUGGCUCUUUGCAGAGUAGUAUCUCAUCGUCAUCCUCCUCAUCAGCAGACUCCCUUGGCAGUGAGAAAGUUGAGUCCUUUAAUCAACAUGGGGGGUCCAGUACCUUGCCCAACAGGUGGAAGCAGACGUCAACCAAGGCAAGGCCACACCUGGACAACCUACUUGGGGCAUUUGCUUCUCUAGACCUAAGGGAUCCCACAAGAGAUCCAGGAGGACCAUUUUCCUCAGGGUCCAUGACAAUGGCCAUGAGACCCCCCACUGAUAAGGAGCCUUUGCUUGGCCAUGGAGAAUCAAGGCUUGAUAAGCUUGUAAUGCUGCCAUCAGAGAACAAGACCAAGCGCAGCCACUCAUUCGAUAUGGGUGACUUUGGUGCUUCACGGUGCCUUGGCUACCCACGGCGCAUCAGCAACAUUUGGACUAAGAGGAGUCUCUCUGUAAAUGGAAUGCUCUUGCAAUGCGACGAGAGUGAGGGUGAUAAAGGAACACUUCAUAGCUCUGAGUGGGUCAUGGAGAGUACAGUCUGAUUUAUGUUUAGCUCUGCCAAAUAAAACAAGGUAAAAAGAACACAUUCUCAAAACUUGUCAGGUGAAGGGAAAAAUAACCUGUUGCAUCAUAUGGCGACAAGAAGGACUUGAUAGGCCAUCAAAAGACACCUUGGAGAUGGCCAGGACUGUGUAUUGCAUGAUUUUCCAUGUCAAUGAUGUCAUGCUUCUGUCCAUUUGAUCACAAAGAAGUUCAAAGGUCUCUGUCUGAGUUCAGAAAGCUGCCAAGGCCAGGGCUGGCCUUGUUUAUUAAGACAUGGAUGGGGGAUACAGUAUCUCUAGGUGCUUUAAGGCAUUAGAUCCAAAUAAACACCCAAGAGCGAGGGAUUUGGGGGUAUGUCAGAUAAGCAUGGGGAAUGAAAGAGAAUUUAUCUGCGUGUGCACUGCAGUUUGCCAAGACGAUUUUCUUCUGCAAAGUGGAUGUGCAUGACAAAGGACCAAAUGUUCUCAUGGGAUGUGACUAAAUCUUUGGCAGAUUAAAAAAAAGCAAAUGUAAUGAAAUGUUAUAGGUUCUUUUUGAAUUAUCUCGUUAUUUCAGUUGUACUGUUGUAUCCCAACUUCACACCCGUAAUUUCAUUAGAGCUGGAAAUUAUAAUUCAGAAAGAUUUUUGUCAUAGUUGUAUCCAUGACUGUGCCUCUCUCUUCAGUUUCAUCAGCUUUUCACCUCUUUAUUUUUACUAUUAUUUUUCUCAUAAAAGGGUCUGUCGCCUAAUCAGUUGGCUGCAAAUUAACUUAGAAUAUUCGUACAGAACGUGAGAGAAAGUGAAGUCUGUCAGAGGUACACUAUAUGGACAAAAGUAUUGGGGCGUUCCCUUCUAAUAAACAUGUUUAUCUAUUCCAGUAAUUCCAAUUAAAACAAAUAUCAAUCCUAUGCCAUAAAAUAACAUAUUCAAGAAUUGUGUUUUCAUCUCUGUUGCAACAGUUUUGAAAGAGCACUUUUCUAUACUGAAAUGACUGUACUCCUGGGUACAAGUCCUUGAUGGGUGAUGAAUGUUUGGCUCAAAAGGGUUCAUCUGCAUUCAGAUCUGGGCUUUAUGCAGACCAGUGAAGUUCUUCCACACUAGACUAUAUCAGUCAUUUCUUAUUGAGGCUUGCUUUGUGCACGACAUUGUCGUGUUGCAGUAGAAAAGGGCCCUGCCCAAACUGUUGAUAUAAAAUUAGAAGCACACAAUUCUCUAGAAUAUCACAGAGAAUGCAAUAAACAUUAAAAACAAAACCAAUAUAAUCUCGACCAAGAAGUGGCUUUUUAAACUUACUAAAUUACCAAGAAGUGUCAACUGGUUUGGCCCAUGUUAAUACCAUAGUAUUCUUUGAAGAACUUCAGGGUAUUAUUUAAAAAUAAAAGCAUAUGUAUAUGGUAUAUAGCACAGAUGCCAGUAUUAUAUUAUAAUGCCAUUGUACCAUGUUACACAACAUUGCUCACACUGCUUUUUAACCCUGUUGAACCUGUUGAGCAUUUGCUGGUUAGAUGUGAAGCAUGGUAUUAAACUGGUUUAAACUGGCCCUGAGCUGGUUAUGAGUGACUAGCUUAAACCAGCUCAAACCAACUAUCGUGCUUCAAAACAUGUUUUGUUUUUUCAACAGGAAAGGUAUUCCAAAGUUUAAUUUAAGUACAGUGACUUAUAUGUACAGUAAUGAUAGUUGAGGAACUUGAUAGUUGAGCAACUUGAGGAUAAUUCCGAGAUCUGGACAAAAUUGUAGUUGUAAACCCUUUUUAGUGCCAAAUGGUGAUGAUAUAUUUUAUUCUUACAUAUUGGUGAAUCACGAGCUGGAUAGUAAAUACGAUCAUCUGUCAUUAGUGUGCCCAUGAGCAAGGCAGUCACCUCAGGUUGCUCCAUGGUAUUGUCCUGCUAUUGGUGUACUGCAAGUCGUUGAAACAAGCUUAAACAAAAUGUUAUAUAUCAUGUAAUCAUUUUCGCAAAAGUUACAUUUCAAAAUGUGGUAACACUUCCUAUGAACACAUACUUUAUAUAAGACAGUAUGCAUUAUGUACAGUAAAGCUUGGCUACUGCAUUAUCCAGCACAGAGUAACCAGGUGUUUGGGUAAGUGACCCAUGGGCCAGGUUUUUUACUAAAAAAAUAUUAAAUUGACCCAUACCCAAAAUGUGACCUCUGCAUUUAACCCAUCCAGAGAGUAGUGAACACACGCACAGCAAGUGGUGAACACACGUACACCCGGAGCAGUGGACAGCUAUCACUGCAGCACCCAGGGAGCAAGUAGGGGUAAGGUGCCUUGCCUUGCUCAAGGGAACCUCAGUCAUUACCUGCCGGCCCUGGAAUCGAACCGGCAACCUUCUGGUCACGAGUCCAACUCUCUAACCAUUAGGCCACGACUUGUAUUUUAGAUGUUCAUAGGAAGUUUUGCCCAAAGAGACAUAACAUACAAUGUCCAUUUUUCUUAUUUUGCAAAAUCUUUAUUUUUCUAUUUUAAAAAGCUAACCAUUUUAUUGCCUUUAUUUUGUCUGAUAAAAGGGUGUAUCUGGUUUGGAUUGAGUUAUACUGACAUUAACACAAAAAACAGUGCUACACAAACAUAACAAUUUUUGUUAGUUGUUGUUAUUAACAUUUUUAAUUAAACAUCUAAGCUAUAAUAUAGAUUGUUUAUUACUGCUGCUGGUAAUUAUGAUUAUUUUUAUGAAUUGUUUGUAUACAAAUGAUCACAGUAUGUUUGAUGGUAAUCUGUACAGUGAUUCUUUUAUUUCCCUGGUCAAAAGUGAGAAGGUGAUUUAAUGUAUUGUUAUGACAAGCAUGUGUAUGUGAAACUACAUUCACGUUUUUCACUUUGAAGUUGUAGAAAAGAGAACAAAUAAUUCAUUCUAAAACCAUUUCUGUGUUUGAAAGAUUUUGCUACAACAAGAUAAACACACAGA